AUGGGCUUUCCUUUGUUCGUUGCUGAUGGUGUGUUCUUUGCCGAACUCAAUGAAUUUUUUACACGUGAAUUGGCCGAAGAAGGUUACUCGGGUGUGGAAGUCCGUGUAACCCCAGCUCGAACGGAAAUUAUAAUCCGUGCUACACAUACUCAAGAGGUUCUCGGUGAAAAAGGACGAAGAAUUCGUGAAUUAACUGCCCUUAUUCAAAAAAGGUUUAAAUUUCCCGAAAAUACUGUCGAGUUAUACGCCGAAAAAGUACAAAAUCGUGGACUUUGUGCUAUUGCUCAAUGUGAAUCGCUUCGAUACAAGCUUUUGGCUGGUCUUGCCGUAAGAAGGGCUUGUUAUGGUGUUUUGCGAUUCAUUAUGGAAUCGGGAGCAAAAGGAUGUGAAGUGGUUGUAUCUGGAAAAUUGCGUGCAGCUCGUGCUAAAUCUAUGAAAUUUGUUGAUGGGUUCAUGAUUCAUUCCGGUCAGCCAAUCCGUGAUUAUGUGGACACAGCUAUCCGACACGUUAUGUUGAGGCAAGGUGUUUUGGGAAUUAAAGUCAAAAUCAUGAAGGACUGGGAUCCAUCUGGUAAAAUUGGACCAAAGAACCCUCUACCCGAUAUGGUUACCAUUAUGGAAGAACAGAUCAUUACAGAACCAACUUCAGAGGACUUAAGAUCGGCUCAGGAUAUCCCUGUUCCACCCUCAUCUCCUCCUGCACAGCCCCCGGAAUUUACUGGUGAAACUUUUGAGUAA